CAGUUGAGGGAUCUGGCAUACAAACACUAAUGGAUUUGGCAACAGCCCAUACACAAGGAUGACUCAGUGGUAUCAGCUGCAGCAACUUGAUUCCAAGUUUUUGGAGCAAGUUCACCAGCUGUAUGAUGACAGCUUUCCUAUGGAAAUUAGACAGUACCUAGCUCAGUGGCUGGAAAACCAAGACUGGGAACAUGCAGCCAACAACGUAUCUUUUGCUACAGUGCUAUUCCAUGACCUGCUGUCACAGCUUGAUGAUCAGUUUAGUCGAUUUUUGAUAGAAAACAACUUCUUGCUGCAACACAACAUAAGGAAAAGCAAACGUAAUCUUCAGGAUAACUUCCAAGAAGACCCAAUACACAUGGCAAUGAUCAUCUACAACUGUCUGAAAGAGGAGAGGAAAAUACUGAGCAACGCCCAGUUGUCAAAUCAGAUGGAGGUCGGAAGCAUACAGAACACCGUGAUUGGGAUGCUGGACAAACAGAAGGAGCUAGAUGCGAAAGUUAAGGCUGUAAAAAACAGCGUUAUAGAUGUGGAGCAAGACAUCAAGACAUUAGAGGAUGUGCAAGACGAAUAUGACUUUAAAUGUAAAACUUUGCAGAACAGAGAGCAUGAACCCAGUGGUGUGUCACAAGAUGAAUAUAAGAAAGAACAGAUGAAUCUCAAGAAGAUGUUUUUAUUACUUGAUAUCAAGAGAAAGGAAGUGGUGAACAAAAUAAUACAGCUAUUGAACACCACAGAGCAUACUCAGAGCGCUCUUAUUAAUGAGGAGCUGGUGGAGUGGAAACACAGGCAACAAACUGCAUGUAUUGGUGGCCCACCCAACGCCUGUCUUGACCAGCUACAGAGCUGGUUCACCGUUGUUGCUGAAAGUCUACAGCAAGUUCGUCAACAGCUAAAAAAGCUUGAGGAACUGGAGCAGAAAUUUACCUAUGACCCUGAUCCCAUCACAAAAAACAAACAAGUUCUGCAGGACCGAACGUACAGUCUUUUCAAACAACUGAUCCAGAGCUCCUUUGUGGUGGAAAGGCAGCCUUGCAUGCCAACACAUCCUCAGAGGCCAUUAGUCCUGAAGACUGGAGUACAGUUUACUGUGAAGUUGAGAUUGCUGGUGAAGUUGCAGGAGUUGAACUAUAACUUGAAAGUGAAGGUUUUAUUUGAUAAAGAUGUAAGUGAGAAGAACUCAGUCAAAGGGUUCAGGAAAUUUAAUAUUUUGGGAACAAACACAAAGGUAAUGAACAUGGAAGAAUCUACUAAUGGAAGUCUAGCAGCAGAAUUCAGACACUUGCAAUUGAAGGAACAGAAAAAUGCAGGAAGCAGAACAAAUGAGGGUCCUCUCAUUGUAACAGAGGAACUUCACUCUUUGAGCUUUGAGACCCAGCUGUGCCAGCCUGGCUUGGUAAUAGAUCUGGAGACCACAUCCCUUCCCAUUAUUGUGAUCUCAAAUGUGAGCCAGCUUCCAAGCGGAUGGGCUUCUAUCUUAUGGUUCAACAUGCUCUCUACUGAUCCCAAGAACUUGUCCUUCUUUCUGAAUCCACCUUAUGCAAAGUGGUCUAAGCUUUCUGAAGUUCUGAGUUGGCAGUUUUCUUCUGUAACGAAGAGAGGACUUAAUGCAGAUCAACUGAGCAUGCUGGGAGAGAAGCUACUCGGGCCAACAAGUGGAGGAUCGCAUGAUGGCCUUAUUCCUUGGACAAGAUUCUGCAAGGAAAAUAUAAAUGAUAAAAAUUUCCCCUUUUGGCUGUGGAUUGAAGGAAUCUUGGAGCUUAUUAAGAAGCACCUCCUGUGUCUCUGGAACGAUGGCUGCAUCAUGGGUUUCAUCAGUAAAGAAAAAGAACGUGCUUUGUUAAAGGACCAGAGUCCAGGGACAUUUUUACUAAGAUUCAGUGAAAGCAGCAGAGAGGGAGCCAUCACAUUUACCUGGGUAGAAGGAUCUCAGAAUGAGCCCCAGUUCCACUCAGUAGAACCAUACACCAAGAAGGAGCUCUCUGCUGUUACUUUCCCUGAUAUCAUUCGCAACUACAAAGUGAUGGCAGCUGAAAACAUUCCUGAAAAUCCACUGAGAUUUCUGUACCCAGAUAUACCCAAAGACAAUGCCUUUGGCAAAUACUACUCCAGACCAAAGGAGGCCCCAGAGCCUAUGGAUUUGGAUGGUCCCAAGGCAAAUGGCUACAUCAAGACUGAGUUAAUCUCCGUAUCUGAAGUCCACCCUUCUAGACUCCAGUCUCCAGAAAAUCUCCUACCAAUGUCUCCUGAAGAGUUUGAUGAGGUAUCUCGGAUGGUGGACCCAGCAGAGAUUGAUACUGUGAUGUGUUCAGCAUAUUCAACUUAAACGUUGAGCUUGCUACUGCACCAUUAGCACAGCUGAGUAACUUAUGCCUGUGUCAUCCUAUUCCACAGUCAGCAGCUUAGCCAGAGCCUUCCCAAAGAAUUGAAAUGAAGCUUGUUGCUAUUUCAUGGCACAUCAGUUUCUCAAAGUGAAGGUCCAGUAGCCAUUUUUAAUCUGUUAACUAAGAUAUUUAACUAGCAAGAACAUAAACAGCAGUCUGAAUAGCCUUUUUAUGUGCACUUUUCCUUUCUUGUAAGUUCUUUGUUAAAGAAUUUUCCAUUAACAAGAUGCUGUGCCAGAGUGCAGGAAGAGAGGGGGAAUACUUAUGCUUUCAAGAGGGGAGUGGGAAUGAGAGAGGCCUUCAGCAAAGACAUUGAGACAGAGGGGAGAAAUUGGCAUUUUUUUAAGUGAAAUGGUUGAGUUUAACAUUUAAAAUAGUUGGCUGUACAUAGAAGAAGGCUUCAAAUGAAAGAUAGUUCUUUUACAGAGAUUAUGUUCAGAAAGCUUGCCCCUUCUCCCAGUUCUACUUCUGAAGAACUUUUGCAGCUUUGAAUUUUAUUCAGCAGCAUAGAAAAGGGAGCAGAGAAAUGUUCUGCAAGUAUUAUGUUGCACUGAAUCUGUGUAUUAUUAAAGUCUGUCCUGGCUUUAUCUUUUCUAAGGGCACAUAGCCUACUGCUCUGCAGGAGAACAUGAGCCAUAGAAGUACCUGCAUUUCGUUUUUGCUUGCUUCUUAAUGAAAGGUCUUUUUGCACAACCUUUUUCUUAAAGAGCACUUAUUGGAUAAUGCCUUAAAGCUGCAUUAGCACACGUUGGGCAUGCAGGUCAUUAUGUACCAUUAAUUUACCUACUCUUAGAGCCCCACAAAAGGGGUUUGAAGAUGAUGUUACUCACAUUGCUUAACUUCCCAAGGUAGGGUCUGGUCACUAGUAUCUUUUCUUUUUACAGUCAUAGUAGCUACCUAAUUUAGGUGAUAACAAGUGGCAUGGCACUUAAUGCACUCUUAUGCACUAUGAACCAGGGCAUUUAUUUAACUGUGGAUUUGAAUAGCUAGAAGACGCUGUAGGCUUUGAUAAAGAAAUGUAUUUGCAGUUGGGGAAAAAGCAUAGGAAAAUGAAGUUAAAUUUAUAUUGAGUAAUGGCUGCAGGACUUGCAAACUUCAGUGCUUAAAGGAUGCAGGAGGAGGAACAGACUUGUUUCUCAGCAUAUUUGAAGAUAACUCACAGUUGAGACAAGGUUGUCUUAAGCAGAUGGUGCCGUGGACUGAGGGCAGGUGUUAUUCAGACUGCGAGUUAGCACACAACUGAUCAGAGGAACUGCAGAACCCUGCUGGAUCCCGUGCCUCUGGUACAGGUGCUUCUGCUACUCCUGAACGUACUGCUGGCCAUUCCCAGUGCCUGGGAGGACAGCACUGGUACGCCUGUCUUACAGGGGCUCUGGAGCUGCUUUUCUGCCAUUGAUAUGCUGAAUCACUUAGUUGCUGCUUAGAAAAUAAAUUACUGGUUUGAUUUAGGGCAUUGUGCCCAUGAAGACUGCUGUACCCUCUGCAAAAGCUAGAGAGAAAAGAAAUUCUUAAAGGAUCUAGAGCAUACAAAGUAUGUACUUAAAUGGAAAGUAUCACCCUCUUGUCUUAUUUUUGGUGCCCUAGGUUACUGAGGUUAACAGUAGUACAGAGUAUCACAGCAUGUUCAGCUAUUUAAUAGAACUGAAGUUUCUUAGGAUUUUAGUAAGAGAUUAAACAUUUGUUCUUUCAGCUGCAGCUUGUACUCAUGUUCUAUAUGCCAUAGUUCUUGUUCUCAGUACUUUUAUACUUUAUCUAAUGGGGUCAAAUUUUCUUGUGAGAUUUAGAGCAAUAGCCUCAUUAUUCAUGGUUUUGUCUUUAAAUGGACAAUAGUUCUAAAAGCCAUUUUUUUUUCCAGUGGAAUAUUAAUUCUUUUGCCAUUUUAAAUAAAGUCCAUUGGCACUUUUGUCCUUCCUCAUGUGUUUUAGUUAUUACUGUGAUAAAGAUAAUGUAUUUUUGAGUUUACUGCAUAUUUCAAUUUAAACUUGUUUGUCCAACUAAGCAGUUUUCUAUUGCCCUAAGUCAGAGAUAAUGUUUUUAAUCCAUUGCAUUGUAGCAAAUCAGUCUGCAUGACAGAGUUCUCAGAAUAUGGCUUCAGAGAAGCGGCUGUUAAAACAACUGUUUUAUUACUGCAUAUUGCACAUCACUAUGAAUUUUUCAAAUUUCAACAGACCCAACCCAUAUCUCUAAUAUGAGUUAAACAUGAAAAUAACUGAUCUACAGCUAAAGUCCUGUCAGCUGAGUCUGUCAAACUCACUCCUGUUGUAUCAUUUUUCUCUGUGGCUGUUAAGUGAUGUGAUUCCUUGUCUCACACGCUACUUAAGCUUUUAUACUACUCUACACAGGCAGGAGAAUAAUAAAAGGGAAAAAAAAAACUGGUGGAGCCAUCAUUGAGGGAAUAAGACCAAACAAAAAGCAACCAGUGAAAUGACGUGGUCCUAGAAGUCUAGUUUAAAAAGCUAGAUCAGAUUAACUCAUUCUGAUUUCUUGUGGGCAUUGCAGAAUUGAAAUGAACAGACUAGGGUUUCUGGGACAGCUUUCCCCAGGACUGAAGUUAAUAAUGCUUAUUUGAAUUGCAAUCGCAUAGAUUAAUAAAUAAAAAGCACCACCACCACC